UGUGUGGAGCCCACGCCAUGCGCAGGAUCGAGCGCAGGGGUGCCCCGAGCCCGGGGCAGCAGGGCAAGGCCUCGCUGGAAGGGCCGCCGGCGGAGCCCGGGCCCGCGACGGAGGUCGGGACAGGGGUCCGCCGCAGCACCGAGUCCGAGGUCUACGACGACGGCACUAACACCUUCUUCUGGAGAGCCCACACCUUGACUGUCUUAUUCAUCCUCACUUGCGCCCUUGGCUACGUGACCCUUCUGGAAGAGACUCCUCAGGACACUGCCUACAACACCAAAAGAGGAGUGGUGGCCAGCAUCUUGGUUUUCUUGUGUUUUGGAGUCACGCAGGCUAAAGAUGGACCGUUCUCCAGACCUCACCCAGCUUACUGGAGGUUCUGGCUGUGCGUCAGCGUCGUCUACGAACUCUUCCUCAUCUUCAUCCUCUUCCAGGUAAGCUGCUCUGGCGCUCAGGACCAAUGGGGAGGGGCCAAGGUGGUGCCCCCCCCCCACCCCAAAACUGUCAAGUAGUGCUGACCUGUAGGUUGGGGGAGGGGGGACCCAGGAGACCCCGGUCUUCCUCGCCCCAGGGGGCUGCUUUCCUCAGACAGCACCCACCUGUCAGCUUAAGGAGAGCCUCCUCCUUCGGCCUGAUUCAGGUCUGAAAGCGAGCACUGGACAGAGAUAAGCAGCUGGCAGCAGACACCCCGUCUCUCUUGGCAAAGAAAUUGGGGCGCCUGGAAUGGAAGCCUCCUAUGUCAACGGAAAGAGAUCUCACUCUGAGAUCCAGCUUUGCUGCCCCUCCCCCAGGAGGGGGGAGGGGAAGCGUCCGUCUUCCGAGUCAAGCAAAGGAAGAGCAGAUUCAGGUUCCC